CACAUGGAGAGAGACAGAGGAAGGGAGCGAGUGGAACAGAAAGAGAGAGAGAGAUUGACUAAAUCCUGCUCAGUGAAAGAAGGGGAGCACAUUCACACCCUUUAGAGGACUCACAGGAAAGGAGAGAAAUACACAGUCAGAUACCAUUUUCAGUCACAGCAAAGCUGCUGGGUUUUCAGUGAGGAGAUUCAGUGAAACACAAAAACAUGUCCAGCUCAAUCCUACGACGACACUCCAGCAAGAAGGGAUUGGAGAAACUCCAGAGGAUCACUGUUCAGCGCAGUCUGGAGGAUGCAGAAGAAAUUGAGAGAGAACGACGACAGCGUUCAAGAGCCAGUUCCUCUACUGAGCCUCCUAUGACCCCACAGGACAGCCCUCGCACUGCACAGCCUCUGCACAACCAGGGUCAGAAUGAUCUGGUUCCAAGCUGUCCAUCCUCUUUGGAAGAGGACGAAGGCUUCAGUGAUUGGACACAUCUGAGCAAGCGCAAACAGGGACAAAUGGAACAUAAAGAUGUAGAAUCACAUCUCAACGGCUCCCGUCACUCAAAACUCCAGCUCUGUUCCAGCUCUGCUCAACAAAGUAAACUGCAUGAUAUAAAUGUGUAUGACAGCACCCCAUUCAUACAGACCCGACCCCCCCUUUCAAACCAGCAAAACCUGGAUGAGGAUGGUGAUGAUGAAGACUGGGGUGCCAGAGAGCAGGAAAGAAUGAAUAACAUUAAGGCAGCAGAGAAGGAGGAGGGAGAGACUGGACGGAGGUGUGCAGAGGAGGAGGAUCCAAGAAGGGUGAAAGGUCAUGAGUCAUCUUUCCGGAAAAAACAAAAUCAGAGCUGUGACAUGGAUGAGAAGAGAGAAAAGAAGGCAGAGAUGAAGAUUUCCUACACCUCCACAGUCCUCCUCCAACAGAAUGGGAGACAAUACAGCACUAAUGGACAAGAGGGGAGGAGAACAAAUGACAGAGAACUGAAGAUGCAGAGCAACAUGGACUCUUCAGUCGAUUCAGCAGCUCUCAGCAGUCCAGAAAGUGUGUCUGAGGAGGUGUUUGUGAAGAGCAGUGAGGAGGACCAGCAGCACAGAGAGACAGGAGAUCAGACUCAUGAGGAGGUGCAGAGGAGGAUGAGAGAGGAGGAGCGAGAGAGGAAGAGGAGGGAUGUGAUGGAAAAGUUGAAGAGGCUGAGUAUAUCCAGUGGAGAUCCAGAGGAGCCCUUCAGUCCUCUCAGCCCCAGGAGCCCCUCCUACAUGGCUGAGGGUGAGGAGUGGCAAUCAGAAGAUACAAGCUCGAUUACUGAGAGGACUGAGUCUCUAAACCGCUCCAUUAAAAAAAAGAACAGCAUAAAGAAGACCCAGCCUCCCACGAUCAUCUCGAAGUUAGAUGGCAGACUGGAGCAGUACAACCAUGCCAUUGAGGAGUCCUGUAAAGAGGGCAGUGUAGUAAAAGUAAUGGACGUCCCAACACCACCAGAACCCGUUUUGGCUCGGAAGACCCUGUUUGAGGAGGGAGAAGCCUGGAAUCAGAAUUCAGCAAAGGCGGUGUCCUCCAAGGAUACAGAGGGAAUGAAGGUGGGUGUGGUAGAUCUAAUUAACCAAUGGGUGAAAGGAAACAGUGAUGUCAGCAUCAAGAGCCCCUCCUCCAAAGCAGCUUGUCAGGAUGUUAAGGCUGGUGAGGUGCGUAACAUAAAAUCCAUGUGGGAGAAUCUGGGAGACACUUCAUCACAGGAUAAAACAUAUGCAAAGGAACUGGCUGGAAAAAGGUACAAAUUUGUUGAGAGUGGGCACGGGAAAUAUGAGAAGGUCUUCAUAAAUAACGACACAAACUGAAGAACAACUGGCUGCUAAUCACAAAGAUGUCUGAAGAUGGGAUGCUGAUGUGAUCAUUGUCCUUCAGUUAUUGCACUGUACAAAAUUUAAACCCACUAAUAUUGAAAACUUGUUUUAAUUGCUGCCGUACAUUUUAAGUAAAAUCAAAGUGAUGCCAAAGCCACAGACACUUUAAAUGAUUUAACUGAUGAAAACAAAUCAAUUUGAAACUUUAAAAACUCGUAUAAUCAAGUACAAUUGACAGAAAUUAUUGUGACAAGAUAAAUAUUUGGAAACAAAGGUGCUGUUUUAAUAAUGGAAAAAAUGAUAGUGGGGUUUUUAGUUACUUUUAUAACAUCUCAUUUAUGUGUCAAACCUUAAAUCAUUGGUGUCCAAUCCUGCUACUGGAGAGCCACUGUAUUG